GCUGUGGGAGUCUCUGUAUGGUUGCAGUCCUUUUCCAUCCUCUGUCACCCAGAUACCGCCCUGCUCAGGGCAGGAGACUCUGCUGGAACAGCACUCAGGCUACAUGAAUACAUCCAGCCCCAGAGUCUCCUAUAAUGUCUAUAAGGCUGUAUAUGCCAUUGCUCAUUCCCUGCACAACCUCCUUCUCUGUCAGCCGGGGAGGGGGCCUUUCCAGAACAACUCAUGUGCUCAGAGCAACAACAUACACCCUUGGCAGCUGCAACAUUACCUCCAGCAAGUGAACAUCCAAUUUGCUGGUGAGGAGGUGGACUUUGAUGCCAAGGGCAACUCUGUACCCUAUUAUGAUAUUAUCAACUGGCAGAGAGGCCCAGCAGGAAACAUUGAAUUUGUCAAUGUGGGUUUGUUUGAUGGAACCAAGGCUGUUGGAGAAGAGCUGUUGAUCCAGGAGGACAGGAUAAUGUGGGCAGGACAUCAGAGUGAGGUGCCAGUGUCUGUGUGCAGUGCCAGUUGUCUUCCAGGCUUCCGGAAGGCUAUCCGUCGUGGGGAGCCUAUCUGCUGCUUUGACUGUGUACCAUGUGACAGUGGCAAAAUUAGUAAUCAGACAAAUUCAGUAGAUUGUACAAUUUGUCCUGAGGACUUCUGGUCAAACAACGACAGAACAGCCUGCAUCUCCAAGAAAGUGGAGUACUUGACCUUCGAUUCAUUGGGAAUAGCCCUGACAGUGAUGUCUGUGGUGGGCGCCUGCUUCACUCUGGCUGUCUGUGGAGUCUUCUUCUGUCACAGACACACAGCCAUCGUCCGUGUGAAUAACUCUGAGCUCAGUUUCUUCAUACUGUUUGCACUGACUCUGUGUUUCUUGUGUUGUCUGCUUUUCAUUGGAAAGCCAACAUAUUGGUCCUGCAUGCUGCGCCACACUGCCUUUAGCAUCACAUUUUCACUGUGUAUUUCCUGCAUCCUGGGGAAGACCCUGGUGGUACUGGCUGCAUUCACUGCCACCAGGCCAGGGCACAACAUCAUGAAGUGGCUGGGGCCUAAGCAGCAGAGGACCAUCAUCUCCAGCUGCACUCUGGUUCAGGUGGUUAUCUGUGCUGCCUGGCUCAUUGAUGUUCCCCCGUUUCCAUCCAGAAAUACACAAUAUGAACAUUCAAAGAUCAUACUGGAGUGUAGUGUGGGCUCUAGCCUGGCAUUCUGGUGUGUUCUUGGAUAUAUUGGUCUACAGGCCUGUCUGUGCUUUGUAUUGGCUUUUCUGGCCCGAAGGUUGCCGGGAAACUUCAACGAGGCCAAGUUCAUCACAUUCAGCAUGCUGAUCUUCUGUGCUGUGUGGAUAGCAUUCAUCCCUGCUUAUAUUAGCUCCCCUGGAAAUUAUGCAGAUGCAGUUGAGUCAUUUGCCAUCUUGGCCUCCAGCUUUGGCUUAUUGUUCUGUCUGUUUGCUCCAAAGAGUUACAUUAUUUUACUGAAGCCUGAAAAGAAUACAAAACAGCACCUGAUGGGGAAAGAAAAGAAAUGAUGAAACACAAGUUAAUGAGUCAGUAGCAAAUGGACUUGUAUAUUUCUUUCAGUGACUUAUGGAUUUCUAACCAUUUAAACAUGUUUAUUAAUCAAUGUUGUUUUCAUAUUGAUAUAUCUUUACAGAUAUGACACUGUAGUGUACAGAAUUGAUCCAAAUCACAACAUUAUCUCAACACUCUUUAUAUAGUAAGACAGAAUACUCACAAUUGUUUCAAUGAUUUUUGUUUUAUCAAUAAUAACAAUAAAUACACUAAAUGUACAAGAUCAAAAAAGAGUGUAGUCAAUUUGUUUACUGUUAAGAAGAUUUAGAUUACAUGGAACUUUCACAGGAUGCUUGCAGAAAAGCAGUUAUUACAAUAUGUGUUACAAGACAACAUAGAAAUAUUGAUCAUUGGUCAUUUCCAUGGAAGAACAUAAACUUUGGUAGACUACAACAAAAUAAAAAAUGCAGUGAUAUUUCCACCUUUGUUAAAGUCUCCAUUAUAGCUAUUGAACAUUUGUAUCAGCUCUAACCAGUUAAAGGAAAGCCUCUUUACACAGAGCAAAU